AGGACCUCCCCCCGAGUAGCCACCGAGCAGGCGUGAGGGCGAACACACACACGCAUUGCUCCUCGAUCAUCCUCAACGCACACCCUCAAAGUCUCCUCACGAUCAAAAAGCGACCGUUUUUCGGUCAGGAUCCCAAAGGGUCCAGGUCCAGAUCCAGGACACGAAACCUAAGGGCAUGCCCAAGUGAAACCCACCCCCAGCCUGGGUAGUAGUUGAACAAAAGCACACACACCCACACGCGCGCGCGUCAUCCGAGUGUCCUUGUGCACCUGUCCCCUCUUUCCCCACGCGCGAACAAGGACGAAAGUGACGACGACGGCGACGGCGACGACGACGAGGCGGAUGGUGGGCGUGGUGGUGAAGGAGAAGGGCAGCAGCGGCAGCAGCACCGGCACGACGAUGUCGCGCAGCGUGAGAGCGGAAACGCGCGCCAGCAAAAAGGACGAUGUGAAGAAGCUGAUGCUGUCGAUGGACCGGGUGCGGCACUGGGAGAAGAAGUGGGUCACGAUCGGGGAGACGUCGAUGAAGAUCUUCAAAUGGGUGCCGAUCUCGACGAACGACAAGAAGAAACCGCCCGGGGCGGGUGGGGCAGGCGUAACGCCCGGUCAGCAGUCGGUGGGGAAGAACGGUGCAGUUGAACCGGCAGGUGCUGGUGGUGGUGGUGGACCAACGGGAGGUCAAUCGAAUGGGACGGGGGGCACCACCAACACCGCCGGGUCCGGUUCUAACAAUGCCACCCCGGGAACGGCCGCAACGACGAACGGAAACAGCAACAGCGGAAGUGGGUGUGAGAACAAGGAGAACCAUGGCCGGAAACAAGCGCCCCCUACUGGUACGGAUUCGAACUCUAACUCAAACUUUGGGCUCGCGGAAGACUCCAACACCUGUUUCUCCAUCGUCAGCGAUUCGCAGGGUGCGACGGAUUUCGUAUCGAACAUGUUUUCGGAGGAUUCAAACUCGCAGGGCAGUGACAGCGCGCAACCGAAACGGCUCAAGACGGAGUAAGGUGGCCUCUUUGGUGUCCUUCGGGUAGGAGGUGCAGGGAUGCGAGAGAGAGAGAGAGUGGGGGGAGAUUACUCGAAAGCUAGCGCCCUUUCCCAAUGGUGCUCCUUCACACACGCACGCCAACGCAUCCCGAACGAAGGACUCGAGGGACAUCCUGUCGCGCAGGAUAUGCGUGCUGAUCCGUUGUUGCCAGCGAGAGAAUCUGUACAAACGAAUGAAGGACACGGUCCAGGGCUGCCCUCAUCCCUCCCUGUUCGCUCUACGUAAUUACAGAAAGACAUACACACACACACAAAUACAGGAGCGUCGGCAAGAUCCGGAAAGGGUCGGCGCUGCCAACGGUCACUCCAAGCUAGCUGUAAGGCCGAUCGUGCGUUUUCUUGAUAUGAAAGUUUUAUUUCAUAGGAUUUUUUUUUACAAUAUACCAUAUGAUAAAUACCAUAUAUAACGAUAAUGGCGCACUUUUGUUCGCUCCCCGCUCCCUGCCGUGUGACCUAGUUUCCCUUCGAUUGCCCUUCCGCUGCUCAUUCGUUUACCAUAGUUUUUAGGGCGUUUAUGUAAAUUAUUAUUUUCUUCUUCUUUAAAUAAAAUGAAUAUGAGGCAUAGAAGCGAGCUAAGCAAUGGA